AGUUCCAUUGAUUUUGAGAAGCUAGAAGAUGCUUUAGACAGCAUUGGAAAAGAAAAGAAGAAGUUGCUCGUAGAAAAGGAGGAACUUGAUGACCUCAAGGAAGAACUGGCUGAGUAUCAAGAGGAUGUUGAUGAACUGCGACAAGUAGUAAAGUCAGCCCAUGUGUCAAAAGCGGAGCUUAAAGAAACUAAAGCUGCAAAACGCCUUUUCAAUAAAGUAAAUAACAUGAUCAACAAAAUGGACUGCGUGCUGCAGGAACUUGAACGUGAAGAACAACAACUCAAAAAAGAUCUUGAAGCUAAAGAAGAGUUGGAGGAAAAGGAAUCAAAACAAAAAACGGAGCAGCUGGUAAGCAUAGAAGAAUUAAUUAGUGCAAUCAGGCAGAUCCAGAAAGUUCCUGAUGAUUCAUUUAUUGAACAAAUAUCAGAAGUGUUAGCAAAAAUUGAUGCUGAUCGUGAUGGUUCACUUCGUGUAGAUGAUGUGCUUAAGGUGAUUGAGUUAGUUGCUGCAGAAAAUGUUAAGCUCAACAAAAAGCAGAUUGAUGAAAUUGUAGAAUUAAUAAAGAAGGAAGAAUUAAUUGAAUUGGAGGAGCAGAUGGGGAAAGUGUUAGAGAAAGGUGCCACACGUCGCACAGCAACGCAGGCAGGUGAACCUUGUCCAGAUAAUGUGAAUAAACAAUCAUGUGAAGUGCCUGCUGCUGCAGUCACUGCAUCCAAAGCACCUGGCACAGAUAAAAACUGUAAAAAGCUGUAGUAUUUAAAUUUAAAUUCAUUUUAAUACUUGUAAGUAUAAUUUAUUUUUUAAUUUAUACAAUUCUUAUUGUUGGAACAAGUGCAGUGUUCGGCUUUUCAUAUUAUAUUUUUUGUAUAGAUGUAAAUAAUUGUGUAAGAUUUUUCUGUAACUCAGUGCAGUUCACUUUUAACUCUGUAUGUCUCCAUCAGAUAUUCAUUACAAGAGUGUACCUGAGAUAAUAGUAAAUAUUAGAAUGGGAUCAAGUUCCAUCAUCAAGUAUUAAUAGCUCCUUUGUGAGCACUAUGUACCAAAUGAACUUACAUUAAAUUUUUGUGGAAAGUAUUUAAUUUCAGUGCUAUAAUGUAUUCAAUAAUGAGUGCUGGCUAAAUUUGUUUAGUUCUUCUUGUUUUAAUUGAGCGAAUACAGCUGCAGACUUUCACAAGUUGUAAACAUUCCAGUCCAUUAACCUGAUAAUUUUCGGUAUCUUACUUUCAUUCUAACAGAACUUUGCUGGUGUAAGGAGCAGGGAAAAUUUAAUAAAAAGGUCACAUGUGAUGUAUAUAUGGUAUAACAGUUAA